UCGUUUUCUGCAUUUUGUAGGGGAGUUGAAAAAUGUCAAAGCUAAAAUCUUUUUUGCAGCUAUAAAGAAGGAAAGCCUUAACAUUCCUUUUUAGACCUUUUCCUAUAUCCACUCAGCUAAUAUUAUUUUAGUUUUGCAGGCAUCAAAAUUGUCAGUUGAGGACUUAAUGGCGUGCAUUGACCUUGUUGAGGUUCUACUUGUUGAUUACUCUCAAAGGCUAUUGGAAACUUUUUCUACCAAGGCAUUCCUACAGCUUAUCUUGUUUUUGCUGUGCCACCCGAAUUGGGAGAUAAGGAAAGCAGCAUAUGGCACUUCCAGGAAGAUUCUUGGUGCAUCUCAUCUAUUAGCUGAAGCUAUUUUGCUCGAAUUUUUGAAUUAUCUCUCUGUUGUUGGAGAAAAGACUAUUAUUCUUAAGAUGAGUGAUGCAGAAAAUGUGACAGACUCUCAAGUUCAUUUCCUUCCAUCAGUUGAAGUUUUAGUGAAGGCAUUAGUUGUAAUAGCACCUGUGGUUUCAGCUAGAGGUCCAUAUGCUUGUGUGCAGUUAUUGCUUUGCUUACAUCACCCAUGCAUCAUUGGCACAGGGAAAAAAAAUGCAGUUUGGAGGGUAUCUUUCUCUUCUUAAUUCACUUUAGUUGGU